CCUCGCACGAUUCGACCCUGGCGAAAUAUCGGUAUCAACCAAUCAGAGUCUGCGCACAUCACUGUUUGUAAUUAAGAGACGCCGGCAGUACGUUAAAGUUUAGUGCUAGGAACACAAGUCAGUUGAGCAACAUGAAGUCUGCAGCUUUGUUCUUGUUAUUCGUCUUCUGUUCUGUCGAAUGUCGGAAGAUAUUGGCGAUAAACAAAAAUGCUAACAUCGAUUUUAUUAACAUGGAGAGUGGGGGCGUGAGGGCGCUGCCUGCUGUGCAGCCUCCCGCGGCCAAACCGAGUCCAGCAGCUGCGCCGGUGGUGCCUAAACCAGCACCAGCACCGGCACCGGCACCAGCACCCGCGCCCAAGGCUCCAACCCCAGCUCCUAAGCCAACACCUCAGUUACCUUCCAAACCUACUCAAGUUGCCCCACCACCCGCUCAGAACAAGCCCGGUGUCAUCAUCCCACCCGGACCUCCUAAACCUGUACCAACCCCUGGCCCCGGUAGUGUUCAGGCGCUUAUUAACUACUACGACAGCCAAGGCAAGGCCAGUCCCGUACGGCCUUACACCUACAGCCAGGCCGUCAAGCAGGGGUAAACAAUACAUGUAACCGACAAGCGAUAAAUCGUGCCAUUGUGAUGUAAACUACUUGUAUUAUUGGAGUUUAAUGGAUUGCCCGUACGAAUGUUAUUUUAACAAUCCUUAAAUUUCAAGUAAUUGGAAGUC